AUGUGGUUCCUCCUUCGUGUCCCGGGGCUCCUAGCUUUCCUGACCUUGCUCCACGCUGCAGAGUCUGCUACGUGUGCACCGUCUACCAGCACUGCUGCCAUCUCUGAUACUGUGAGUCAGGUCAAGGACCAAGUCAGCAAGGCCUUUCUGGAAUCUCGGACCAGGCUGAAGACUGCCAUGAGCUCUGAGGCACCCGACCCCCGACAGCUCUCAGAGUACUUCAAGCAUGCCAGGGGCCGGACGCGCACAGCCAUCCGCAACGGGCAGGUGUGGGAGGACUCCUUAAAGAGACUGAGGCAGAAAAUGACCUUGACCAAUGCUACAGACCCCAACCUGGACUUGACUGCACUCUCUAGGGAGGUGGGCUGUGGUGCCCAUGAUCCUGUGACGAGUUGCGACAACAGCUCUUACCGCAGCAUUACGGGAGAGUGUAAUAACAGGAGGAACCCUGAGCUGGGUGCCGCCAACAGGGCACUGGCGCGCUGGCUGCCAGCCGAGUACGAGGAUGGGCUCUCCCUGCCUUUCGGGUGGACGCCGGGAAAGACGCGGAAUGGCUUCCCGGUCCCGCUGGCCCGUGAGGUAUCCAACCAAAUUGCAAGCUAUCUGAAUGAGGAGGGUGUUCUGGACCCAAAGAGAUCCCUGCUGUUCAUGCAGUGGGGUCAAAUUGUGGACCAUGACCUGGAUUUUGCCCCUGACACUGAGUUGGGGAGCAGCAAGUACUCCAAAGAGCAAUGUGAUAAGUACUGCAUCCAAGGAGGCAACUGCUUCCCCAUCAUGUUCCCACGCAACGACUAUAAGGUGAGGACUCAAGGGAAGUGCAUGACUUUCUUCCGAGCUGGGUUCGUCUGCCCCGCUCCGCCCUUCCAGACCCUGGCCCGAGAGCAGAUCAACGCUCUGACCUCCUUCCUGGAUGCCAGCUUUGUGUAUGGCCCUGAGCCCGGCCUGGCCAGCCGUCUCCGCAACCUCAGCAGCCCCCUGGGCCUCCUGGCUGUCAACCAGGAGGUCUGGGACCAUGGGCUGGCCUACUUGCCCUUUGACAACAAGAAGCCAAGCCCCUGUGAGUUCAUCAACACCACUGCCCAUGUGCCCUGCUUCUUGACAGGAGAUGGCCGAUCCUCAGAGCAGACCCUGCUGGCUGCUUCCCAUACCCUCUUUCUCCGAGAGCACAACCGGCUGGCCAGGGAAUUGAAGAGGCUCAACCCUCAGUGGGAUGGAGAGAAGCUCUACCAGGAAGCCCGGAAAAUCCUGGGAGCCUUCGUGCAGAUUAUCACCUUUAGGGACUACCUACCCAUUGUGCUAGGUGUCGAGAUGGAGAAGUGGGUCCCUCCAUACCAAGGCUAUGACAACUCUGUGGAUCCCCGAAUUUCCAAUGUCUUCACCUUCGCCUUCCGCUUUGGCCACUUGGAGGUCCCCCACACUGUGUCCCGCCUGGAUGAGAACUAUCAGCCAUGGGGUCCAGAACCGGACCUCCCCCUGCACACCCUCUUCUUCAACACCUGGAGGAUAGUCAAAGAUGGUGGAAUUGACCCUCUGGUGCGGGGCCUGCUGGCCAAUAACUCCAAGCUGAUGAAGCAGAACAAAAUGAUGACUGGGGAGCUGCGCAACAAGCUGUUCCAGCCCACUCAGAAGAUCCACGGCUUUGACCUGGCUGCCAUUAACAUACAGCGCUGCCGGGACCACGGGAUGCCUGGGUAUAACUCCUGGAGAGGUUUCUGCAACCUCUCGCAGCCCCAUACCCUGGCGAAGCUGGGCACUGUGCUCAAGAACAAGAUGCUGGCUAAGAAGUUCCUGGAUCUCUAUGGAACCCCUAGCAACAUUGACGUCUGGAUUGGGGCCGUCGCUGAGCCGCCGGUAGAAGGGGGCCGGGUGGGGUCUCUCCUGGCCUGCCUCAUUGGGAAGCAGUUCCAGCAGGUUCGAGACGGAGACAGGUUCUGGUGGGAGAACCCUGGAGUCUUCACUGAGAAGCAGCGGGACUCCCUACAGAAAAUGUCCUUCUCACGCCUUGUCUGUGACAACACCCACAUCACCAAGGUCCCACUGAACCCAUUCAAAACCAACAGCUACCCCCACGACUUCGUGGACUGCUCAACCAUUGAGAAGCUGGACCUCUCACCCUGGGCCUCGGUGGGGAAUUAG